CAGCAAUAUAGCCAGUUGACCAGCUAAAAUGGUUGUGUGGAAUCAGCUGUUGUAAAUCAUGAAGGGGCCAGGUUUUAGUAACAAUUGAGACACUUCAAGUCAGACUUGAUGUUCUCAUGGUUUGUGUAGUAACCUGUAUAACUUUGCCCAACUAAGGUUGUGAUUCUUAUGAGUUCCUGUAAAAAUUGAACUGACUUUUGUUUAUCGCUUAAAGCUGCUUUAUUUACAUGUUUCAGAUUCAAUUAAGCAUAUCUUAGGGGUUGAUUGUGAAGUCGUCUUCGAAUCAGAGGGUGACUGUUCUUUCUUUUUCCGCAUAUGGAAUCUUAUCGAAACUUAGACCACAGAAGUUGAUAGUUUGAUGAAGAUGUGAAGGCUCUGAUUAGAGCAUGCUUCCUCUUGUAAGAUAAUUGGCUUCAGUUUUCAAACGUCCUUCUUUUGUAUGAUGGGGCCAGAGGAAGUUGGGAGUGGGUCGCCUGCUCUUGAAGGGGGAGAUGUGGAGUGUUGGUCAAGCUGUCUAGUUACACAUUUCAGAUACUUCUUCAUGGUCGAAAAGGAUGGCAGAAGAGAUGGGUUUGAUCAACUUGAAAAUGAAAAACUCAAGAAAGUCUUAUGAACUGUGCUUGGUAUUAAGUCUUAUCCAGUAUUUCAGCGGACUGUAUCCAUCUGCUUUCCUUUCUUUUUCACGCAACUAAUAGUUCAUUGUGGUGCUCCAUGGAAGUAAUGAUUUGUCAAAGUCAAUGUGGCAACAAUCACUUCUGAUGCAAUCUCAUGGUCACAAAUUUACUUGUGGUCUUUUUCCCAUACUUUCGGAGCGUUGUGUUGAAUUUUGUCAAUAGUACUCCUAAUCGCAUAAAUAGUGGAGAAUUGAUGGAAUCAAUGCUUUUAGAGCUUAUGCUUAAUGUUUUUAUUUUGUUUUAGCUGCUGCAAAACAAUCCCAUCAAGUCGCAACAUAAGAGUUCUUUUUUUUUCUUCUUGAUUUUCAGGUACCGAGCCAUCACUAGUGCUUACUACCGAGGAGCUGUUGGUGCGUUGCUUGUCUAUGAUGUGACUCGACACUCUACCUUUGAGAACGUGGCAAGGUGGCUGAAGGAGUUGAGGGAUCAUACGGACCCCAAUAUCGUGGUCAUGCUGAUUGGGAAUAAAUCGGACCUCAGGCACCUGGUAGCUGUCCAAACCGAGGAUGCCAAAGCAUUUUCGGAGAGGGAGUCCCUCUAUUUCAUGGAGACAUCAGCUCUCACUGCAACAAAUGUGGAGGGUGCAUUCACUGAAGUCCUGAGCCAGAUAUACAAGAUUGUGAGUAAGCGGGCUGUUGAGGGAAGUUCUGAUGGAAGUACCUCUGUUUCUCUUAAGGGAGAGACCAUAGAUGUCAAGCAGGAAUUGUCUGUUCUCAAGAGAAUGGGGUGCUGCUCAAGUUAAUUUGGGUUUAUGGUGGGUAAUUCUUUUAGCUGGGAAAUUGGGUUGUAGCUAAGAAGAUGCACAUAAGGCUCCUGUUUAGAACGGAAUCGGGUGGGAACAAGGAAAAUACUGGAUUUGGAUUCCUGAGUUUGGCGGAACAAAGGAGAAAUCGUUUCUACUAGAACAUGGGGAAGCACUCGGUUUAAGUCGCCUUUGUUUGGGGGUAAUUUGUAUGGCUGUGUUUCUUGUAUUAUAUGCUGCAACUGAACAAGAAUUGCAGAUGACGUACCAUAGUCAUGUAUUCUUAUUACUUGUUACACUAUUUACUUCUUUUCAUAUGUGACAGGUAGCGCCUUGGAAUGAUUUAUCUCUUAUUAUAAUUACAAUUAGGGAUUGUAGGCGGCCACUUUCUUACUUUUUUUCCGGUCUUUUCAUAUAAAUAUGCACGUAAGUGGCUCGCCACUAACUACUCAAUCCCAAUCAUAGGCCAAGUAUAACCUAUGAUCAGGUGAGUAUAGAGCAAGUUAUUCAAUUAUCAAAUUCAGGCGAUCUAUAUAUCCUUACUUCAACAAUCUACAAAUUAUCUAGCACUCAAAAUGUUAUUUAUAACUAAUUAACUAAGCAAGCAAUUAAAAUUAUAUUUAAUUCAAGUGAGAAGACUUUACUCGGAUGAUUAUCCCCCCUAGUCCCGUGUUGAGAUGAGAAUGUGAUACUCUAGUACAAUAGGCAAGUUCAUAUACCGUUAAGAGAUAUAAAAUAGCUAGGACCCCCUAUUUGAAUGCAUCCUAGCCUGAUACUCUAGUACAAUAGGCAAGUUCAAUUCUCCUUUGCUCAUAGCUUUCUCUAAAUUAUAGAUGAUAUUACUCAAUUUCAACAAAAUGAAAGAGAGACUUUCUAUGAUGCUCGGAGGAGAUUUCAGGAGUACAUCAAGGUAUGCCCCCAUCAUUGAUUUACACUAGAGCAGAUUGCAAAGUACUUCUCGAAAGGUCCAGAUCGAGACACCAAGCUUACGGUAAACCAGUCGGCCAAUUGAGAUUUCACAACAAUGAUGAGAGUGCAAUGCCAAGAACAUUUUGCCACACUAGCAAGAAAGUCAAAGAACUAAUCCAAGCGUCCAUCAAUGAUAAAACCAUUCACAGUUGUCUAAGGAAGGGAGGAUGAAGUCACCACCCUCUGUGCACACAUGAAUGAGUUGACCCAUCAACUCAAGAAAGCUUCAAUGGAGCCAAAGAAUGGAUCGGUGGCAUCCUUGUUCAUUUGUGAAGCUUGAGGAGAAGAAGGCCAUGAAGGUUUCAACUACAAUAGCCAAUGAGGGCAAGAACUUGCUAAUGUCAACUAUACAAACCAAGGAUAUCAAUCGAUACCUCAACAAGAGAGCUAUCCUCUUUAUCAAAUAUUCAACCAACCGCACAUACCAUUUGGUCAAUGGCUUGCCCCAGGAGGAAAGAAGCUUGAAGACUACCCCAACAUCACAUCUACCGAUACACCUUAUGAAAGCGAAAUGGCAAAAGAAACCAAGUCCGCUUUGAUUUCGAAGUUAACCUCAAUAUAAGGCGCAAGGAGAAGUUGCCUCCAACCAACAACCCACUAGAUUCGAUAAGCAGAAGGCAAUAGUGAUAGAACUGCAAACGAGCUACAAGAACCUCAAAAGUCACAAGACAACGACAAGUUGAUUUUUUUUAAGUCCGUUAGUGAAAUAGAAGGGAAAAUGGAAGGACACAUUAUUGACUUACAUGGUAUCCCGUACCCUAAAUUGACUUUAGUGAUACUCUUCUCCCAGUUCUCAAAGUUUAAUGGUAUGUGGUUACUUUCCAUCUAUGGUGUAAACUCCGUUAAAGCUUUGAAUGAAAAUUGGCUAUACAACAUCGAUAGCUGUCUAUAUAGGUGUAUUUUACCUUAAAUAUAUCACGCUUAAGAUU